AUGCAGUUUGGAGGACCUCAAAAACAGCAAAAAUUUCAGAUUCAAUCUACAAAAGGCAGUUCUUGCUCCUACCCGCGGCUCAAAUGCUCUGGACCAACUCCUCACGAAAAACUUUACAAUAAAGUGCAACGUUUCCCUCCUCUGGGCCGAUCCGACCACCAAUGUGUCCUGUUUACACCAUUAAAUGAGGAAAGUCAAAGUAAAGCAACAACAAGAUCUGUGAGAAACUUACACCCUAAAAAUAUAACACUGUUGGGUCUUGUGCUCAAUCUGGAAAAUUGGGAGGAUGUCUAUGAGGCAAACGAUGUGGAUGAUAAGGCACAAUGUUUUAAUAAAAUCAUCGGAAAUAUACUGGGCACCUAUACUCAGGGUGUAUGUAUGCACCCAAACGAUAAAGAAUGAAUGAUGCCCUAUAUCAAGACUCAAAUUAGAGCAAGACCAAAAGCAUUUACUAAGGGAGAUAAAUAUGAGUAUAGGAAACUUUGUGCUAAAGUUGCUAAUCUAAUUACAAAUGCUAAAAGAAGGUACUAUGAGAAUAAAGCAAGCUCUACCCGCUUUUCUAAUCCAAGGAAGUGGUUUGAAUGUAUUUACUCAUUAUGUGGAGCCGAAAAACAGUCCUCUACAGCAAUACAUACAAUGGAAAUGGAAUUCGAGUCAACGGCGAAUAAGUUAGUUGAUGCAUUUAUUGCUCCCUGGGCCAAUCGAGAAUCAAAUUCAUUAGCAGCCAUGGUUGCAGAUGUAGAAAUUAUAGAUCAUGAACCGCUAUUACCUAGCGUCAGACAGGUAAAGACAAUAUUAAAGUGUUUUGUCAUAUUAUACACUACACACGUCGCCAUGUUCAACAACAAUCUUUAAUCAUGAUCAUGUGCUUAUCAUAAAUUAACAUAAUUAUGACAUCUCCCUUUCUUACUAAAGCUACAUAUUGUUCAACAGCUAGUUGGCUUCAAUUGUUCAGUAAAGGUCACACUUCAUAACACCGAGCAUCUUGCAAGAACUGCAAUACUCCAAAUAACACAACAACAAUAUUAA